AUGACACACGACAUCUUCAAGCCCCACUGGUCAAGGUACAUUGGCCCCGGGGCCCCAGAUCCACACAAGUACCGAUACAGGCCUCACAACAAGCCAAUAUUCUCAUCACCAUUUGGACCAUUUCCACCAACCCCUGCCAAUCUGAAUAUCCACGAACUAUGCUUUCCUCCCGCCAAUCCGUUGCCAGAAGAUUACCCUUUGUUUGUCAAUGCCGUCACAGAGGAAGUGGUUACACUGCACGGCUUCUACGCACGGGUAUGUGCAUUAUCUCGUGUGCUGCGUUUCGACGGGCCAAACCCCCUUGGUCUGGGUCGCAGUCCUGUAAAUGACACGGAAGACGGGGAGAUUCUAGCACUCUUCUCGAAAAACCACUUGCAGUACCCCAUGGUUGCACAUGCUUGUUUCCGGGCGGAAUUGGUGUUUGGUGGCAUCAGUCCCGCAAGUACAGCGUAUGAAUUAUGGUGGGUGUUGCGCAAGAUGCAGAUUACCAGUAUCAUGUGUCAUGAGAUGCUUUUGCCCGUGUUGAGUGAGGCGAUGAAGUUGGGUACUGGAGAGGGCGAUGACUUGCCGUUGAAGUUGAAGCUGAAUCCGAGCAAAGUCAUUGUGCUUAGCGACGACUCCAAGUUGGAUCUUGUAGCCGGUCAUCGCACGAUUGAGUCACUUGUCCGAGAGGGUUCCAGGCUACCCGAGCGACCAAGAAAGCUUCUCGGUGGACAUCGAAUGACCUAUCUUUUCCAAUCGUCGGGCACCUCUGGCUUACCAAAGGCAAUGAUGAUUACACACUCCAACGGAUACCACUCAGGGAUACAAACCCUAAUCACAGCCAUGCAAGCAGCGCGAUACGCAGGCAUCGAACCGCUAACACCGGCAAUCACUUUAGGCGUCAUCCCAAUGUAUCAUUCCUACGGCAUGAUCCUCUGGAUCCUGCGCAUCAAUCUCCUGAAGAACACCACCAUCAUGUUGCCAAAAUGGGACCUAGAGCUCGCCCUGAAAAGCAUCCAGAGAUACAAAAUUACAACCUUGCCACUGGUACCCCCUCUUGUCCGCCAACUGGCUCAAAGCCCUUUGACCGAGAAAUACAACCUCAGCUCGGUGAUAGGCGCCGUGAGCGGCGCAGCCUAUCUCCCACCAGACGUCGCGUACCAACUGGCCAAGAAGCUGCCGCAAGGUGCAGGGAUGCCCAUACCAAGCGGCUACGGGCUCAGUGAAGCAGCCAGUAUUGCGAGUCCUGCGGCGCCAGGCAUCUUCGGUCUUGCGCCUGCCCCUCCAGGCACGAUUGGGUACUUGCUGCCCGGCAUGGAGGGCCGGGUUGUGGAUCCAGACACGCUCGCGGAUGUUGCCAAGGGUGAGAAAGGCGAGCUUUGGGUGCGAGGGCCGGUUGUGACGCCGGGGUAUUUCAAAGAUGGCAAGGCAACGGCUGAUAUGUUUACUGAGCCGGGAUGGCUGCGGACGGGUGAUCUUGUGCUGCGGGAUGAGAAUGAUUGCAUUCACUAUCUUGAUCGACUCAAGGAGAUGAUCAAAGUCAAAGGUCUGCAAGUUGCGGCUACAGAAGUAGAAGAUGUGCUGCUUGACCAUCCUGAAGGGCUGGUGCGUGAUGCGUGCGUUGCUGGUGUUGAUAACGGUCGUGGCGAUGGGUCGCUCUUUGUCAGGGCUUGGAUAGUAUUGACCGCCGCAGGUCACGAGCAAGGUGAACACAUCGUGGGGAAAAAACUAAAUGAGUGGGUUGAGGGUCGAUUGAGUAGACACAAGUGGCUGAGUGGCGGUAUAGAGGUCGUUGAUUCAAUUCCAAGGACUCCAUCAGGAAAGAUGCUGAGACGAGAGAUGCGAGAUCGAUACCAUGCCAGACUCAAGGCUGAAGGUAGAUCGAAGUUAUGA